AUGGCGCCCUUCCCUCCCCCUCCGGUCAACACGAUUGACUGGUCCAAUGUCGGCUUCCGCGUCCGCGAGGUCAACGGCCACAUCGAGUCCCACUACUCGGUCAAGACGGGGAAGUGGUCCCCCCUCAAGUUCGUGACGGACCCUUACAUGCGCAUCCACGGCAUGGCGCCGGCGCUCAACUACGGCCAGCAGGCCUACGAAGGUCUCAAGGCCUUCCGCCUGCCGGGCGACAACGCCAUCGCCAUCUUCCGCCCCGACCGCAACGCCGCGCGCAUGCAGCACAGCGCCGAGUUCAUCUCGGGUCCCGCCCCCGUCAAGGCAGCCGUCGCCCUCAACGCCGAGUACGUCCCACCGCACGAGACGGGCGCCGCCAUGUACAUCCGGCCCCAGGUCUACGGCUCGUCCGCCCAGCUGGGGCUCAACCCGCCCGAGGAGUACACCUUUUGCGUCUUCGUCCUGCCCACGGGCGUCUACCACGGCACUCACCCGGUCAAGGCGCUCAUCCUGGACGAGUUCGACCGCGCCGCGCCCAACGGCACGGGGAGCGCCAAGGUCGGAGGCAACUACGCGCCCGUGCUCCGCUGGAGCGAGCGCGCCCGCGCCGAGGGCUACGGCAUCACCCUGCACCUCGACAGCCGCCGGCACGAGGAGGUCGACGAGUUCAGCACGAGCGGCUUCAUCGGCGCCCUUGUCGACGGCGACGCCGUCACCCUCAUCGUCCCUGACAGCAAGGCCGUCAUCGACAGCGUCACGAGCGACAGCGUGCAGCAGAUCGCGAAGAGCUUCGGGUGGAAUGUGGAAAAGCGGCCCAUCAAGUAUUCCGAGCUCCCCAACUUCCAAGAAGUCAUGGCGGCAGGCACCGCAGCGUCGCUCGUUCCCAUCCGCUCCAUCACCCGCCGCAAAACGUCGGGCCUUCCGCAAGGUCCCCGCGUCUCGACCCGGGACGGCCAAGAGACGGUCACGUACACCCCGGACGACAGCGACGAGCCCGGCCCGCUCUGCCUCAAGCUGCUCGCGGAACUCAAGGGCAUCCAGCUGGGAAAGAUCGAGGACCGGUUCGGCUGGCGUUUCGAGGUCACCAAGGAUGAUGCGAAGCACGUCGUUGGUGAGGCCAAGGCGGGCGUCGCCAAUGAGCAGACCGUGGACCAGCUCGACUGA